UAGACGAGGUGAACAGAUUGAAAGCUGAAAUGUGUGAAAACUGGAAAUUCCCGGAAGAUGGCAUCUACAGAUUUGACGCCUCCGUGCCUGCCUCGCUGCUGAAGUUGUGGUUGAGGCAGCUUCACGAGCCACUCAUUCCUUACGACGUCUAUCCCAGGUGCUCGAAAGCUUCUGAGGACGUCAACGACGCCAUCUGCAUCGUCUCAAACGACAGCAACCUCCUACCCGAUGAUAACAAGUUAGUGCUGGCUUACGUCAUCAGGUUCCUGCAAGUUUUUGCCGCUCCCAGCACGGUGGCCCACACCAAGAUGGACGCCAACAAUCUCGCCAUGGUCAUGGCACCAAACCUCUUGAGGUCAAAGGUCAUCGAUUCGAGAACAGUCCUUGACCAGGCCAAGAGGGAGAUGAGCUUCGUUCGCCUGCUCAUUCUCCACUGGGACACCAGUUUCAUGGAGGAUGUUGAGUGAUGAUGGUGAUGAAGAUGAUGAUGAUGUUGUCGGGAGUGGUGGUAAUGAUGAUGUUGUUGAUGUUGAUAAUGAUCUUUCCACUGGUUCAUUGAAAGUUUUUUACAUAAUAUUUAUUACAUUGCAUAACAUUGUAUUGUAUUGUAUUGUAGAAUAAUUAUUUUCUUAAGCUAACUUAACUAGGCAUCAAUUGUUCAUGAGUUCACAGAGCAGAUCUUUAUAAAACAUAAUUUUAACUGGUUAAAUAACAAAAUUAAUGAUGAAAAUUCAUGAUCAAUGGUCGAAUGAAUGAAUGAAUGAAUGAAUGAAUGAAUGAAUGAAUGAAUGAAUGAACAGGGCUACUCAUAUUUAUUGUUCGUUUUAUAACUUUUUUACACUUGCAUAUCAUGCUAUUGCCAUUUCACUGUGUUUUGCAAUUAAUAUGUAUGUGUCAAUACUGUAAAAAUGUUUAGAAUUGAUAUAUACGUCACACUUCUACAUACAUUCAUUCGUACAUUCACACACAAACAUAUACACACACACAUACAUUCACACAAACACAUACAUACAUACGCUUGCUGGUUAACAGUUUUUUGCCUGAACUUUACUGCUUAAUAAUUGUGCUGAAGUAUUUUUUGCAUUUUCAAUUUUCUGCUAUUAAAGUUGUUAAAAGGAGUUUUUUUGAAUUUUUAAACUUUUGUAUAAAAAAAAUGUUAUUUUUUAACUGUUUUGAUCCCAUUUUGCUGACAUUAUACGUGUUUUUGUGUUUCUAUACAAGUGUGUAUUUAUGUAUGUGUGUAUGCAAGUACGUGAUUGUGCAUUCAUGUUUUGUUUUGUUUGUUACCCUUCAUAUAUAAUACGAUUAGGUAUUCGAUAGUUUUGAAUUUUUUAUAUUAUUUGCUGUUAAUGUAACUGUUUUUAAUGUAUUUAUUACUGUAGUUUUGUGUGUGUUUGUAAGUGUGUGUGUGUGUGUGUGUAAUCGUAUUUGUGUUAGUGCUGUAGACGUGUAUUCAAAAAGUGCUUUUCGUGGGAGUUCGUUCUUUCGACGCAAAAAUACUAUUAAAACCUUCAUGAGAUUGGUCGUUUGACUGAGUGAUUGUAUUGUUUAUUUGAUUGACUGACUGAUUGAUUGAUUGACUGAUUGACUGAACGAAUGAAUCUUUCAUUCAUUCGUUGAACAUUUUUUGAAGCAUUUACUUACAUAAAACUGCAUUUCAAUAGCACAUGAUGGUUUAAAAGCCUGUUUUUGUUCUUGUAGUUUUCUAUUUUUUCAAACUUUUGUAAUGAAAAAAUUAACCUAGAUCGCUCUUCUGAAGUUAUUUCUAAAUGUUUUUCUUGUAUAAUUUGUUGGCUUAUUGUGUAAUUUUAUAUUAAGGUACUAUGAUGUUAGGGAUCGUUGGGUUUGUUAUUAAUAAUUUGUCCAGUUGAUAUGUUUUAUGUUUUAUCUGAAAAAUUUAUUUGCGGUUUA